AUGACCGCGCAACUCCCGCCAAAUCUCCUUGCGCUCUUCCAGCCACGACCACCGCUCCGAUACCUGCCUCACCACGACUUCGCUCCAGAAGAGCGCCGCACCUACGCCGUCGAUGGCAUCGCUUCCUUUUUGCCAGCGCUCAAGGAGAAGGUCGAGGCUGAGAAGGAUGAUGUGGUGACGGACUCGGCCAUGCAGGCAAAGGAGAACGCCAAGCUGGAGAAACAACAGAAGCAGAAGAGACUGAUGGAGCACGACCACAAAGAUCUUUACAAGCCGGCCGAGGACCCCAAUAUUCGUGGUGAUGCUUUCAAGACGCUUUUCGUGGGUAGGCUACCGUAUGAUGCUGGCACCAAGGAUCUGGAAAGGGAACUCGGUCGCUUUGGUCCCAUCGAGCGAGUCCGCAUCGUGCAGGACAACGGUGAGAACUCAUCUAAGAAGGGAAAAUCCAAGGGUUAUGCAUUUGUUCUGUUCGAGAAAGAGAAGGACAUGAAGACUGCCUACAAAGACUGCGAGCAUCUCACGAUCAGAGGUCGCCGAGUGUUGGUCGAUGUCGAACGAGGCCGUACCGUGUCUGGCUGGCGCCCACGACGGUUCGGCGGAGGUCUAGGUGGCAGACACUACACCAAGAGCUCGAUGCCCAAGCCCUCUGGCUACGGUCCUCCUCCUGGUCCUGGCGGAUUCAGUCGCGGCGGAGGCUUUAGGGGAGGCUUCGAUCGCGGCGGUUUCCGUGGGGGCAGGGGAGGUGGUGGAUUCCGAGGAGAUCGCGGGUUUGGCGGACGCGGUGGCCUUGGCUAUCAAAACGGCGCACCGCCCGACGGCGCCCCAGCAGGUCCUCGCGGGCCGGGCGGUGGUAGGGGCGGUGGUAGGGGAGGUUACGGCGGAGGAGGAUACGAUGAUCGUGGUGGCUCUCGAAACGCCAAUCUCGAACCAUUGCCUCCACGGGGAGGUGGACGAUACAACGACCGAGACCGAGACCGUGAUCGCGACUACAACAGCGGCCAGAAGCGACCAUACGAAGGAGGCGGCUACGACGACUCGCGACAAAGACGGCGAUACUAG